AUGCGAGCCACCACAUACAUCUCCCUCCUUAUGCUCGUUCUGGGCGCAACCACGGCCUUCCCUACUGGGAGCGCUGUCGCCGACGCCGAUGAUCUCGUCCGCAACAGUUGGUCGGAAAAGCGCAGCGAAGACGCAGACGAUUUCGUUCGCAACAGCUGGUCGGAGAAACGUAGCUCGCAAUAG